AUGACGCUCUUUUUAUUACUUCGUACUAUUAGUUCCGAAAUUUAUUUUGAGGAACGAUUCAACACCGAUGGAUGGACAAAGAGAUGGAUUAAAUCCGAAAAGCAUCCUCCGGGCAAACCAUUCGGUCGUUGGCAAUUAACUGCCGGCUCUACACCCGGUGAUCCAGCAAAACAGAGAGGUAUCAAAACAUUAGAUGAUUUUAGAAACUAUGCUAUAUCCGCUCGUUUUCAGAAGUGCUGGACAGAUAAAAAUCGUCCAUUAGUUGUCCAAUAUACACUUAAAAUGGAUAAGCCAAUCAUUUGUGGUGGUGCCUACAUCAAGCUUAUUCCUGAUGGUCUUGAUCAGCGCCGUUUCACAGGUGGUACACCAUAUUCUCUCAUGUUCGGUCCCGAUGUCUGUUUUGCCCACACAGAUUUAAUCCAAUUUAUCAUCAGCCGUAACGGUACAAACUUUAAGAUGCUACAGCACGUAGAACCGAAGAGAGAUGGCCAUACCCAUCUUUAUACUCUCUACCUCGGCACCAACGGAUCAUUUGACAUCUGGCUCGAUGGCCGCAACAAAUACGAAGGCACCCUCAAAGAGGAAUUUGAGUUCGAAGGACCGAAAUACAUCAUGGAUCCUUACGAUAGGAAGCCAAUUGAUUGGGAUGACAGGGAAUGGAUACAAGAUCCAGAUGACAAGAAGCCAGAAGGCUGGGAUGACCGCCGCCGUAUCCCAGAUCCAAGUGUACAAAAGCCAGAAGAUUGGGAUGACGAAAGAGAUGGAGAAUGGGAGCCUCCUUUGAUCAGAAAUCCAAACUUUACAGCUGUAUGGGAACCAAGGAUGAUUCCAAAUCCAAAUUACAUGGGUACAUGGCGUCCAAGAAAGAUUCCAAAUCCAGAUUACACUCCGGACGAAGAUUUCGGCAAAUUCGACGACCUUUGCUACUUGGGACUUGAUCUCCACCAGGAUAACUCAGGCCAGCUCUUCGAUAACUUCCUCGUUACAGAUAAUCUUACAUACGCAGGUGAAGUGGCCGAAGUUGUCUUCUAUCCGAUCGUCCCGAAGGAGAACGAAGUCUACUUCAGAUGGGGUGGCCACGACAGAUGGGAAACACAGAGAAAGUGGGGUAUCGAAGAUUUCGGACGUUCAAAGGACUUCGGAGUCGAUGCAAACGGAAACAGAUUUGAUGAUCCUGACUCAUUCUACAAGAAUACACACAGAAAGUCUAUCGCCGAAGAAAAUCAACAGGCACAGGCUAUUUCUGAUAAGUCUUUCAACGAAAGAAAUGAUCUUUAA